UCCUGUAUCAUUUUUGUAAUUGACGAUUUUACUCUAAGAUUACUCGAAAACCAUAAAAACGAUUUUACGUGGUAGCGUUGAAGCGUUUUACCAUGUUGCGCGUGGAUCUGAGAGAGAAAACAAAUAUUGCGCCGACAUCAUCUCGAAUACUUACGAAACAAAUGUUGGUAAGUACAUAAUGUGGUGCAGCGUCACUAUGAAGAGCACUUGGAAUGGCUCCCUAUUGAUGGGGCUUCCGGAGGGGCCCAAAUCCUUUUGGGCCGCAAAGAAGUUAGUCGAAAUCGCCAAGGAAGGCUCCUUUCCUGGGGUCUUCGCCGCCGUCAGACGUCUCGGCGUGACAGUGGACGUCGAGAUCCUGAAUCUAGACGCCUCCGUAGAGGACGAUGAGAUUAUGCAAGGCGUUUUCACAGCAUGCUGUGAUCUCUCCGAAAACAACCAGUACGAAGCCGUGAAAAUAGUUCCCGACAUCAGGAUAUGGCCCGUCCGGGGUGGCAGACAGAUUGCCAAGGCAAAGAUGCCGAGAGACCUAGCGGUCCAGAUCAAACACAUCGAAGUCAGCUUCUCCAAAUGCCGAGUCAGGUCGAGGACCUUUCCCCCAGAAAUAUGCUUUAAAUGCCAGAGAUUUGGGCACAACGUGCGGAAGUGCUUAUCCACCGAGGACAGGAGGUGCGGGGCAACCGGCCACAGCAUGAAAGUCUGCCAAGAACCGGACGAUCGAUGUCUCUUAUGCGAACUAACAGGGCUGCCCAAGUCAAGCCAUAAGCCAGGGACCGGCGCCUGCCCAGCAAGGAAGUUGGCAGCCAGACAGACUACAGCUCAAGUCCCAACUACGACAUAG